AUGCUUGAGUGGAAACCUCACGUUCGCGACACUGUCGAGCGCCCGGAGGCCUCCCCUCCGCACUCCGACCCGGCCAAGGAGACCGCUUCUCCACCAAUGCACCCUCCGGAGACUACACCCUCUCGCGCCCCGCGCACCUUCGACUCUAAUGCCUCCCUCGUUCUAGUGGGUAUUCGCGGCUGCGGCAAACGUUCACUCGGCUUUAUCGCCGCCACUGCCUUGAAGCGGCGCUUUAUCACCGAAGAUCACUACUUCAAAGAAGUGACCGGAGUCACGCGACACGAGUUCUUGAAAAGCCAUGGCAGCCAGGAGUUCCAGCGCAAAGACAUCGAGGUGCUGAAGAAGAUGCUGGACAAUCACCGCACUGGCUGUGUGGUCGAGUGCGGAUUGGGUAGUCUGACCCGACCCGUGCAGGAUCAUCUACGGCGCAUUUCGAAAACGAAUCCGGUGGUCCAUUUAGUGCGUGAUAUAGAUCGCAUUCAGCAACUCCUGGGACUGGAUGACCAAUCCGUCCGCUUAUUGCGCGAGGGGGACCCAUUGCAUCGCACCUGCUCCAAUUUUGAGUUCUACAACGUGGAGGACCGCACACGCGUGAUCGGCGACGACGGCAGUCCUGACCCCCGCUCCGCGGCAUACUCGUUCAAGCUGCAGGAAGUGAAGGAAGACCUCACCCGAUUCGUGCGCUCUGUCACCGGAGUGGAUGUGAAUUAUUCUAAUUACGAAUCUCCUUUCGUCCUGCUGGAAACACCCCCCGAGCUCCGCUCCUACACCCACGCCAUCUUCGUUCGAUCUUCCGACCUGCUCGCUGAUAAUGUAAACCUCCCGGAACUAGAGUCCGGUGGAGACGCAAUUGAGCUCUGCGUCGACCGCUGGGGACCUGAUAUGCCCAAUGUGAUUAGCAGGCAAGUUGCCGAACUUCGCCGGAAUGCACGGACUCCCGUGAUUCUCUCUGUCGACACAUCAUCAGCGGGGAUUGCGGAGCAGCGUGGUCAAUCUGCGACUUAUUUCGACAUUCUAGAACAUGGACUCCGCCUCGCAGUUGAGUAUCUCGUUAUUGAUCUGGGCAAGAAUCGCUCCCAGCUUGCGCAAGUCAUUCGAGCGCGGGGCAAGACCAAGAUCAUUGGCCAGCAUAUCUUCGAGGCGUCUUCCCGCGUGAAAUGGGAAGAUGAAGGUUGCGUGUCUCUAUACAAAGAAGCCGAGAAACUGGGUUGUCAGCUAGUCCGCCUGCUCCGGGUUGCGACAGCGCGUGAGGAAAAUGCCAGCGUCCUUGAGUUUGCCAACAAAAUCCGCUCCUUGCCUGGAACACACCCUCCCCUCAUUGCGUACAAUAUCGGUCGCCUGGGACGGACGUCGCAGGUUUUCAAUUCGAUCCUCACUGGAGUUACUCACCCUGCCAUCACUCGCCCGAAAGAGAACGAGCGAGAUACACAGAUCACGUCGCGAGACGCCGUAAGAGCCCUCUUCCAGAGCUAUGUGCUCGACCCCUUGAAAUUCUGCAUACUCGGAGCCAGCGUGGCCUAUAGUUUGUCACCGGCGAUGCACAACGCAGCAAUUCAGCAUUGCGGCUUGGGCCAUGUCUACCGCAUCCCUGACUCCCCUUCUCUUGCUAUCCUGGAUGAGCUGCGCCGGGAUCCGAAUUUUGGCGGAUCUAGCGUUGUUCAGCCCUGGAGAGUGGAGGUGUAUCAUAAGCUGGCAGCGAAAAGUCGACAUGCCGAAGCCAUCGGUGCCAUCAACACGAUUAUGCCACUACGGGGCACCUCCGAUGGUACCAUGUACUCCCUCCAGGAGCAGGCCAGCCGCCGGAACCAAGCCGGCCCUGUUUUGGGGUGGUAUGGUGAGAACACGGACUGGGUGGGCAUCAUGACAUGCAUCACGCGGCACCUGUCGCCGCGCAACGCCAUCAGCGCGAAGACCACGGGCCUGGUUAUCGGCGCAGGCGGCAUGGCGCGGUCCGCGAUCUAUGCGAUGCUCCGACUGGGCUGUCGCAAGAUAUUCAUCCACAACCGGACGCAGUCGCGGGCUGACGAGGUGGCGGCUCACUUCAACUCCUGGGCAGCGUCGCAGGUCGACUCAGCUGAGGUAGUCCGCGUCUUACGGUCGACUGAGGAUGACUGGCCCGACGACGCCAACCCGCCCAGCAUAAUUGCGUCCUGUGUGCCGGCGGACCCGGACAGUGAAGAGCCCCCGGCCAACUUCGAGAUGCCUCUGCAGUGGCUCGGGAGCACGACUGGAGGCGUGGUCCUUGAGCUUGCAUAUAAACCACUCGACACACCGCUCCUGCAGCAAAUGCGUCGCAUCCGAAAUGAUACGGGGCGGCCGUGGGUGUUAUCAGAUGGACUGGAGAACGUAAUUGAGCAAGGCAUUGCGCAGUUUGAGUUGAUGACCGGCCGUAAAGCUCCCCGACGCCUGAUGACCCUGGAGGUCCUGCGUCACUACGAGGGCGAAAGCGGGCGAUUUGACGAAAAGACAAUCCAGACCCGGCUUGACGGCAUUUGCUCAUAG